UUAUUUCUCCGCCGUAUCCUCGUCGGAAACCUCUUUCUUAAAUGGCAACAAGAAGACUCAGAGGAAGUCCACAACUGAAUUGCAGAAACAACAUUGAAUUCCAUUGAAAUUCAAUCUCUCUCAUGUGACUCUUCCUCUUCGUAAGAAUCUCAGUCUCUUUUUUUUUUGCUUACUUCAUCUCUCCUCCGUAUCGCCGUCACUCGCCGACAAGGCGGCGCCGCGGUGUUCUUCGCCUUCGGAGCUGCUCUUGUUGAAGAUUUCGAUCUGCAGAAAUUUGACUGGUGUGUAAAAAUGGCCGCAACAAGCAAAAGCAAGACAGACAGGAAAGCGGCUCUAGACAUUGCAUCAUGGAUGUUCAACGUUGUUACAUCUGUUGGGAUCAUCCUUGUUAAUAAGGCCUUGAUGGCUACUUAUGGAUUUAGUUUUGCUACAACAUUAACUGGUUUGCAUUUUGCAACUACAACAUUGUUGACAACUUCCCUCACAUGGCUCGGAUAUAUCCAGCCUUCCCAACUGCCAUUGCCAGAGCUUUUAAAAUUCGUUCUGUUCGCAAACUUUUCUAUUGUCGGAAUGAACGUGAGCCUGAUGUGGAAUUCUGUGGGGUUCUACCAGAUUGCCAAGCUAAGCAUGAUCCCUGUGUCUUGUUUACUGGAAGUUGUUUUGGAUAAUGUUCGGUAUUCAAGAGAUACAAAGCUUAGCAUAAUGGUAGUUCUUGUCGGUGUUGGUGUCUGCACUGUGACAGAUGUCAGUGUCAAUUUUAAUGGGUUUCUAGCUGCUGCCAUCGCCGUCUGCAGCACUGCUCUACAGCAAUAUUACGUGCAUUUUCUUCAAAGGAAGUAUUCGCUCGGUUCUUUCAACUUACUGGCACAUACGGCUCCAGUACAAGCAGCGUCUCUGUUGCUGGUGGGACCAUUUCUAGACUACUUGUUGACAAACCAAAGAGUAGAUGCGUUCAACUUCACCUUUAUGUCUCUGUUCUUCCUAGUGCUAUCGUGCAGCAUAGCAGUCGGGACCAAUCUCAGCCAAUUCAUAUGCAUCGGGAGAUUCACGGCGGUAUCGUUCCAAGUGCUGGGGCACAUGAAGACGAUUCUGGUGUUGGUGAUGGGAUUCAGUUUCUUCGGGAAAGAAGGGCUGAACGUACAAGUGGUGGUGGGGAUGCUAAUCGCCGUUCUGGGCAUGGUGUGGUACGGAAAUGCAUCCUCUAAGCCGGGAGGGAAAGAGCAUCGCAUUCCAUCCAACAAGUCUCAGAAACUCAAUGGCCUGUCGGAACCUCCCCGAUCAGACGACAAGGUCUGAAAAGACGAAAGGUGCUGAAAGGAAAUGCACAGGUAGAUUAAUACUUUGAUCCAUCUGAUCAUACAUAUAUACACAUGGAUGAUUUAUUAACAAAGAUUAAUUUAUGUUUCCGUGAUUCCGGUUAUUUUUAUCUUCAAUAAUUUUCUUUU